AUGCCUACACAAGUUCGCAUCUUCACAUCGCCGAGGUCUCUUGGUGAGACGCUCGACAGCCCCGUGCAGCCGCCCACCGUUCCCCGCUCUGUGCCUGAGUAUCCCGAGAUUCCCAGGCCAACAGUCAGCCCGGUUGUGAAGACUCGGCAUUACACCAUGUCCACUUAUCAGGACGACAAGCCCAAAGGGGGCGUCACAUACGCCCACCAGGACCAGCUACCCAAGUUGCCUAUCCCCGACCUUGAGGCCACUUGCAAGAAAUACCUCGACUCUCUCAGGCCGCUCCAGUCCGCCAGGGAGCACGCAGAAACGAAACACGCAGUGCAAGAGUUCUUGCGGGGAGAGGGACCAGAGUUGAACGAGAAGCUAAAGAAGUAUGCCGAAGCGCGCACUAGCUAUAUCGAACAAUUUUGGUACGAUUCGUAUCUCAACUUUGAUAAUCCCGUCGUCCUCAACCUGAACCCCUUCUUCCUGCUUGAGGACGACCCCACACCCGCCCGGAACAACCAAGUGACGCGGGCCGCGUCCCUGGUGGUGUCGGCCCUGGAGUUUGUCAGAGCCGUCCGCAAAGAAGAGUUGCCUCCUGACACCGUCAAGGGGACGCCUCUUUGCAUGUACCAGUACUCGCGCUUGUUUGGAACCGCUCGUGUGCCAACCGAUGCUGGCUGCCAGAUUGAGCAGGAUCCCGAUUCCAAGCACAUAAUCGUCAUGUGCCAUGGACAGUUUUACUGGUUCGACGUCCUGGACGAUAACUCGGACUUGAUCAUGUCGGAAAAGGACAUCGCCAUCAACCUGCAGACCAUCAUUGAUGAUGCCGCGCAAACUCCUAUCCAGGAAGCAGCAAAAGGUGCAUUGGGCGUUCUCAGCACCGAGAACAGGAAGGUCUGGUCUGGGUUGAGGGAUGUCUUGACAAGGAAGCCGGGGUCGAACAACGCCGACUGCCUGGGGAUCGUCGAUACCGCCCUUUUUGUGGUCUGCUUGGACUAUACAGAGCCCACGACUGCAGCAGCGCUCUGCCAGAACAUGCUCUGCGGCACGAGUGUGAUUGAAAAGGGCGUGCAGAUUGGCACAUGCACAAAUCGAUGGUACGACAAGCUACAGAUCAUCGUUUGUAAGAACGGCAGCGCUGGGAUCAACUUUGAGCACACGGGCGUCGAUGGCCAUACAGUGCUGCGCUUUGCGAGCGACGUCUACACCGAUACCAUCCUGCGGUUCGCGAGGACAAUAAAUGGCAAAGCGCCGACGCUGUGGGCUUCUACCAGCCCGGAUCCGUGCAAACGCGAUCCCGACAGUUUUGGCGACGUUCAAACGAGCCCGCACAAGCUCGAAUGGGACAUGACUCCGGAGCUCAGGAUUGCUGUGCGCUUCGCCGAGACCAGGUUAGCAGACUUGAUCGAGCAGAACGAGUUUGAAUGCCUCGACUUUAGCGCGUACGGGAAGAACUUUAUCACGUCGAUGGGCUUCUCCCCAGACGCCUUUGUGCAGAUGGCUUUCCAAGCAGCCUACUAUGGCCUGUAUGGCAGGGUUGAGUGCACCUACGAACCCGCCAUGACCAAAAUGUAUCUGCACGGGCGGACCGAGGCGAUUCGCACCGUAUCAGACGAGUCCGUCAACUUUGUCCAGACCUUCUGGGCAGACAAUCCAGCCGAACAAAAGAUUGAAGCGCUCCGUAAGGCCUGCGAGCGCCACGUCACUACCACCAAGGAAUGCGCCAAAGCCCAGGGGUGCGACAGGCACCUCUACGCCCUGUUUUGCCUCUGGCAGCGGACCGUGGACGAGGACCUGGGCUACGCCGUGAGCAGCACGAGCAGCGAUGGCUACUCGAGCCCCGUCGAGGGCAUGUCGGACCGCGGCGGCUCUUCGUUGGUUGGCAGCCCCGGCAGGGACGAAGACCAGCCCGCCUAUGUGCUAGACGGCGAGCGCCGCAGGUCUCCCCUCCCCGCCAUCCGAAGCCGCGAGCGCGGCGACAGCACCACCUCGCGCAGCAGUCGCGGCGGCCGGGGCGCCGCCGACAGCACCGCCAACGGAAACGGCCACCACCUGCCCUUGAUCUUUGCCGACCCAGGCUGGGACAAGCUCAACACCACCAUCCUCUCAACAUCCAACUGCGGCAACCCCUCGCUGAGGCAGUUUGGUUUCGGCCCUGUGUCGGGCGACGGCUUUGGCAUCGGCUACAUUAUCAAGGACGAGGGCAUCUCGAUCUGCGUCUCGUCCCGGCACAGGCAGACGAGGCGCUUCGUCGACACGCUCGAGAGCUACCUGUUGGAAAUCAGGAGGAUCCUAAGAAUUGCCGGGGGCAGCAGGAAUGCCAUGGCCGUCAGGCAGACUAGGGCAAGGGAGCUCGACUCGAUCAGGGUCGCUGGCAGCGGCGGCAAUGCCAACGGUAAUGCGGCCAACGGGGUUGCGGCUAACAAGGCCGGGAGCAGAGCCAAGUUGCGCGGGCGCCUGAUCACGGGCGGGCUAAAUGAGGGCUCGGGCCUUACGAGGCAGAAGAGUAGUCUGUCGAGUCCGACUGAUGAGAGUCUGCUUAUGAGUGAGGAUGAUGAGUUGGGAGGGUAUGGCUUUUUUGACGCCGGCAUGCUGUUGCAGGCCCUCAAAGCUCGGGGCGACAACUACGAUAACGGCGAGACCAAGCCGUCGGAACGGGCGGUGACGCAAGCUAGGCGGCGGGAGGUGGGCAAGAAGUUGAGGUUGAUUGACUACUGA